AUGUAUUUACGAAGGGUAUUAUUUUGUUGGAUACUCUUAAAUUUUUUCAUAAAUGUAUCGUUCACGCUGUUUUUACCCUCAUCGGAAACUGGCUUGAACGCAGUGAAAAAAGCGCCGAGAUGGAAUAUUCCAUGGCUCGGAAUGGGAUUAUGGUGUAACGGUUGUCCACCGGCAGCUUGCGAAGAUGAUGAAGCGAUAAUCCACGGCUACUGCUGCGGUUGUGCUUAUGGAUUAGACCAAUUACCUGUUCAGUGUCCCGAUUUUCUUCAGUGUCCUCUCAACUUGCACGGGCUUUGUCAUGACUACGAGUAUAUGAUGAGGUGCUGUUGUUAAUAAAGUAAGCUCCGCUCAACCACUUGCUUUGAGCGCAAUCGAACUUCUGAACGUUUGUGACUUUGUGCAACCGUUGAAUUUUAAUGUAUUGACUACACCAAACUGCCGCCAAACAUUUAAAUACGCCUAGAAAUUUGUUUUUUAUUGUAUGAAUCAAAUGUUCUUUUUUCGGUAGAUUACACAAAUAAGAUUAAUGUCUAAUUACAGUGACAUUCUAACAAUGUUGUGAAAACUUUUAAUUUAAGUGCAUAAUUGUAAAUCUUAGUGGUAUUGUUUUAAUGUAGAAAGUUGUUUUAUGUACUUAGUUGGUAUGCCUUUAUUAAAUAAAUAAAUAAUAAAUGAAAGAAAAUAAAAAUAAAUUUAUACAUACAUUAGGCACAUCUAAGGAAAAGUAGGGAUUAAAUAAAACAUCUUUAAAU